AUGGCAGGCACAUUGGAUGUUGCCAAGAUCUCCGAGUACUUCAGGAACAAGAGCGUGCUCAUCACUGGAGCCACGGGCUUUCUUGGCAAGAUUCUAGUGGAGAAGAUACUGAGGGUGCAGCCAGACGUGAAGAGGAUCUACUUGCCGGUGCGGGCGGAAAAUGCUGCGGCGGCAAAGCAGCGGGUGGAGAAAGAGGUGCUAGGUAAGGAGUUGUUCGGGCUGCUGCGUGAGCAGCACGGCGCCGGGUUCGACGUCUUCGUCGCGGAGAAGGUGGUGGCGCUGGCCGGUGACGUCACGUGCGAGAGCUUCGGCGUCGAAGCUGAGAUGCUACGGGAGCUCCGGCUCACGGACGAGCUCAACGUGAUUGUCAACGGCGCCGCCACAACAAACUUCUACGAAAGGUACGACGUGGCCCUAGACGUGAACGUGGUGGCGGUGAAGCACAUGUGCAACUUUGCCAGGAGGUGCCCCAACCUCGAGGUGCUCCUCCAUGUUUCCACGGCCUACGUGGCCGGCGAGAAGCAGGGGCUAGUCCCAGAGAGGCCGUUCUGGGACGGUGAGACACUGAGGAAUGGGACCCACCUCGAUAUCGAUGCCGAGCUAAGGCUGCCCAGGGAUCUGAGGAAUCAGAUGGAGGUCGACGUAGACAUGGACUCGUCGCCCAAGGCCCGUAGGAAAGCCAUGAAGGACCUCGGCCUCACAAGGGCAAGGCACUUUGGGUGGCCCAACACGUACGUGUUCACUAAGUCCAUGGGGGAGAUGAUGUUGGGCCAGAUGAUGCGAGAGGGCAAUGUGCCAUUCGUUAUCAUCCGACCCAGCAUUAUCACCAGCGUCCAGAACGACCCACUGCCAGGGUGGAUAGAAGGCGCCAGGACAAUAGACGCGAUCCUGAUUGGGUACGCGAAGCAGAGCCUAUCGUGCUUUCUGGCCGACCUCGACCUCACCAUGGACGUGAUGCCGGGGGACAUGGUGGUGAAUGCAAUCAUGGCGGCGAUGGUUGCCCACGCCUCCUCUUUGCGGUCGUCGGAGUUGAAGAAGCCACAGCAGCAUCCUCACUCGUUCCCAGUGGAACCGUUCGUGUACCACGUGACCUCGUCGAUGCGGCACCCGGUGCCGUACGGGGUGCUGUACCGGACAGGGAUCCGAUACUUUGAAAAGCACCCGCGGGUUGGUCCUGACGGCUGCGCCGUGCGCACGCGCAAGGUUCGAUUCCUCGGCAGCAUCGCGGCGUUCCACCUCUUUAUGGUGCUCAAGCACCGGCUCCCACUUGAACUCCUCGGCCUGCUCUCACUCCUCUGUGGCGGCCACUUCGGCCUCGCGGCCCUGUACCACGACCUCGCCCGCAAUUACAGGUUCGUGAUGCAGCUUGUGGACCUGUAUGGGCCCUUCUCACUCUUCCAGGGCUUCUUCGACGACGUCAACCUCAACAGGCUCAGGCUAGCUAUGGCUGACGAUCCCGCCGGUGCCGGUGGAUUGUUCAACUUUGACCCAAAGACGGUUGACUGGGACGACUACUUCUACAGGGUCCACAUCCCUGGGGUCAUGAAGUAUAUCCUCAAGUGA